ACCAAACGGGCUUCAUAAAAGGAAGAUAUAUUGGAGAAAAUGUAAGAUUAAUAAGUGAUAUUAUGGAGCAAACUCAGGUGAACAACACUCCAGAUAUAUUAAUAUCAGUUGAUUUUAAGAAAGCUUUUGACUCCCUGGAACAGUCUUGUAUUCAAAGUGCUCUCAAAAAAUUAAUUUUGGUGACUGCUUAAGAAAAUGGAUCGAGAUCUUCUACAUGGACAUAGAAAGCCCAGCUUUGAACAACGGUUUUGCAACGGACUGGUUUAAGCCCUCUAGAGGAGUUACACAAGGAUGCCCACUCUCGCCUUAUCUGUUUAUCCUGACAGCAGAAAUACUAUCAAACAAAAUAACGCAAAACUCAAUCAUAAAAGGAAUCAGAAUUUUUGGCUCAAAGAUCAAACUUAAAGCCAUUUGUAGACGAGCCAACGUAUUCUGUGCUGAAGUGGCUUCUGUUGAACAAGCCCUGGAAACUAUGAGCGCUUUUGGGAAUUUCUCUGGAUAGGUGCUUAACGUAGAGAAAACAAAAACAUUCUGGAAUAAUAAUAAUAAAAGAAUAAUAGAAUAAUAGAACCAAACCGCUAGGGGUGAAAUGGAUGAAUACUCCCACAAAAUUAUUAGGAAUCUAUGUCUCCUAUGACGAAAAAGGUAAUAACCAGAUGAACUUUAAUUUGAAAUUACAAAAACGGCAGACAAAUUUAGACAUUUGGAAAUCGAGGGGAUUAACACUCUAUAGAAUAGCACUAAUAAUUAAAUCGAUCUCUGGGGUUGUCUAACUUAAUAUACUCAAUUUCAAAUGUUAAGGUCCCUACGGAAAUAGUGCCAAUGGUAAAAGAUAAAAUGUUUCGUUUCCUUUGGAAAAAUAAGAAGGACAAAAUAAAACGGACUAGUAUGUACCAAGACCUUUCCACGGGAUGCUUUCGGAUGGUUGACAUCGAACUUACGAUAAAAUCGCUCAGACUUACAUGAAUGAAAAGACUUCUCUUUAGAGGUAACUGCACUUGUAAAGUAGUACCGGACUAUUUUUUUAACAAACACGGAGGCAUCAAUUUCCUGCUUCGAUGUAACUACGAUGCCAAAUAUUCAGUAAGGCACAUUCUAGAAUCAAUUAUAAAUACAAAGUUGAAAAUGUGUAAAUUAACACUCUUAGAUUAUAGCGCACGGCAUUUCUAUUUUCGAAUGUAUUGUUUCUGGAUGGUGUUUGGAGCCAGCCUGCAGGCAUUCAAACCUGAUAUUCUUCUAAAAAAGGGGGUAUACUAAGUUGAAAAAUUGAAAACCACGAAAAUUUACGCUUUUGCCGGGAAAGUUGUGCGACUGAACUUUUAUCGCGAAUCUUUCCGACUUUAAACGUAAAAUGCAAUUCAGUUCCUUGUUGAAGCUUUUGAGCUUGCCACCUUUGAAGAAAAUCUUAAAAGCUCUCUAGUGUCUUAUCUCUACACAGGCAGGAUUUCGAUCUUAAAACAAUCUUUUCCUUCAAAGAAAGUAAUAUGAUUGUUUUAUUUUCGUAUAAGCAGCGCCGCUCUAAAACCGGUUGCAAAUUUGAAAAAUUUGUCUGACAACGUGAAGUUAUGGGAACCUCUUUUUCAGUAUAAAUGAUAGUCGUUGAAGGAAAUAGUUAACCAUUUCUCUGAGAAUGUCUCACCUUAUGUUAGCAAGAACUGACGAAGACCAAGUUGAGUGGCCUUGUUCUCUAAUAAUUAGUAACACUACUCAGCUAAGCCAUUGGUCAUCAGCAGCUAUGUUGAGGGCUUCGAUUUUUUGAAUUUUUAAUUGUCGCUGUGUUAAUGUAAAACCUGUCUACUGAACAAAUCACACUGAAUUACAGGAGGAGUCGAUCAGUCUAUCGAGGCAGAAUGCCUGACCCACUUCAACAUACUCAAAAAUGAUAUAAUAUAUUGGCUGUGUAUAUUAUACUCAGAAAUCAAAAGAAUCAUUAAAAGAGAACGGUGGCUAUAGAUGUAGCCUUUGUUUUGCAUUCAAUUAUAGGUUUAAAAGUCCAUAUGUCAAUAUGUCAGGUAAUGUGGCAUCACGUGAAUAUGAUCUAUACAUUUACUGAUCCUGGGCAAGAGCCAAUUAGAAAGGAAAUUGUGUCUCAAUUUUAUUUUGAUAAUUCUCAUUGCAGAUCCAAACACGGCUUGCUUUAGUCUCACACACAGCCUCACCACUGGCUAGUUUAAUCCAGAAGUGACACACUGAGAACAGCUGUAUUGGAAAAGAAUCGAAGAUGUCAACUUGUAUGGUUAAAGUUAAAUUAAUUCCACUGUGAAGAAUAGCGUUAUUCGAAGGUGAGUGUCCUUUGAACUGGGUUCGCCAAAGCGUUCAGUCAUCGCCAGUGUUAACGUAACUGAAGGUAGCUUUAGGACUGUUUUAAAUAGGGGAAGAAUGAGUUGGGAGUUGUUUUUGAUACAAAUAUCAACUGCUAACGUCACAUCUAAAUACUACUAUGACUUCGUUAUCACGGAAUCCCUGAGAAAGACAUAACGAUGAAAAUUUGUUUUUUUUCAAAAAUUACAGCUAGCUGCAGGCGUCGGCUACUCAAUAUGAAUCGAGGCAUAUUAUCUAUUUGUAACCAAUAUCUAUUUCAUAAUACCAUUUCUCGGUUUGUGUUCACGGCUCUCAGCUGCUCUCACGUUAAAACAUUGCGAGUGAAUAUGUAUCAAUGAUCGUAGGCAUCAUCACAAGCCCACCAAAAAUGAAUCAGUUCGCAACUUAGUGGAAGCCUUCUUUUUGCCUUUUAGACAGUCUCAAAAUCUCCCUCGAUCAGAUUUUUGAUAAGCUCAUUUUCGAAGCCCUUUUUGCACAAUAAGGCAAAUACAAAGUGAAAGAAGUAAAAUAAAUAAACGCUCUCGGCUAUGGCCAUUUGAAUUAAACAAAAUAUUACACUCAAAGACAGAUAUAAAUGAUCAAUCGUCCGUCUGGUUAAAUUCGAUGUUGAUGAAAUUCAAAAGUGUGCGAUUGAUUCUCCACAUCUCUUGUUCAAAAAUCGAUGGAAAAUAAAUUUGGAGAUGGUUGAAUGGAUCGCAUGCAAAUACAUUACCACAGUUACAAAUUGUUAAUUUUUAGUUGUUUGUAUAUGACAAUAGAAGUAACUGACCUUCUUUGCGUGGUUCAAAAGAAGUACGAAGACAUUUCGCGAAAUGUGAAUUGCAAGUUUGAAAAGUUAACUUACAAGAUCAGUCUAGUUUCUUACACGAGGUCCACACGGUUUGAUUGAACGCGCCAUAAAUCAGUGCCUUUCUUUGCCUCUUCAAAACCUAAUUGGAGCUGUUGUUGCCAUAUUGCGAAAAUAUUAGUAGACUUUCUUUUUUGGCAAGUUGAUGGAUGGCCGGAGAUGCUGGCGAGGACCAUAAACUUGCAAGAAUAUUUCCCAAUAUGGACCAAACAAGAUAAAAUCUUAUUAUGGUUCUUUUGAAAUUCUGCUGUACCUGUGAUCCGUUCCCAAAUAUGAUAGGAAAUUUGCAAUGUUUUGAGCUUAUUGUUACUGCGGUCUGUGCCAGUUUGCGUUUGUUGGAGAGUCACGUUCGAGGACUGUUUUGUAUCAUCAAACUGAACUCAUCUGGACGCUGUGAAAAGUGUGGAUGAGUAUUUUAUAAACGCGAUUGUUCUGUAGAAAAGGAGGAUUAAAGACAGAGUGAAAUAUAUAAACUUAUCAUUUCAUGGCCUUUGAAGCAGACGUGCUUCAAAAUUGGUCAUUUGGCCCAGCCAUUUGUUAUUAUGAAAUUAAAGGGAUUGAUUAAUAUUGUUUCGUUUUAUGUUUUUACUACGAAUUCACUAGAGAAUUAUCGGCGGAAACUCUCUUUGUAUGCUGAGGCAAUGGAAUAAUUGAACUACGCUACCUGUACACUACGUUGCCCCAAAGAUGCUUACUGUAAAAUCAAAUUCGCGUGUUUUAAACGUUCCCAUAUAAAAUUAAUUGUUUAUGUAACCCCUCCUCACUUUGAAUCCCGCAGGAUCCUAGUCAUCCUAGAUGCCAGCUCUUGCAAGCAUGAAAAACACAAAUGGAACAAGUGUUACACAGGGACCAAACUCCACCCUUUCGAACUCCUUCAAUCUAACGGAGAUGAAGAUUGGCAUGACAUCAGCAUAUGCAGUGAUUUUCAUCAUUGCACUGUUUGGCAACUCCUUUGGUUUGUUCCUAGUGUUUAAGAGGUCUUCGUCCAGCAGAGUCACAAACUUAUUUAUCGCCAAUAUGGCCGUUGCAGACCUGCUAUUGACAUUGACGCUGAUGCCCUAUCAGGUUGUCUUUUUUUACCGUGGAGCUGUUUGGCCGGGAGGAGCAAUGGGUACUGUCACGUGCAAAGCUUUGUUAUACGUUAUGCCCGUUUCUAUAGCAGCGACGGUUCUAACGAUGUUGAUUAUUUCGAUUGACAGAUUUUACGUGGUAUUCUAUCCCCUAAGAGGCAAGCUAUUUCGAAAGCCAAGAUUCCUGUCCGCAAUCAUUUGGAUUCUAUCACUAGUGUUGAUGAUUCCCUAUGCUUUCUACUCUGAGGUUGACUUUGACAAAAGGCAUAACGCAUACCUUUGUUUGCAUUUUUCGUCCGGGGCAGAUCCCUAUGUAGUCAGGAUCUUCCAUAUUUGUCUCUUCGUCCUGCUGUACGCACUCCCCCUAUUCAUCAUGGCAGUCCUUUACGUGCUAAUUUGUCGCAAAUUGUGGCUUCGUAAAAUCCCAGGAAAUUUAUCAAGUAGCAAUCGAGCCGUUAUGGAAAUGUCUAAGCGCAAAGUUGUGCGACUGCUGGCCAUUAUUGUCGUGGUGUUUGCGCUGUGCUGGUUUCCAACAUACGUCAAUCACUACUUGUGGUUCGUGCGACCAACACAGGGACAACAAUUACCACUUGGAGUUCAGUUCGUUUUCCUAUGGUUAGCACAUGCAAACAGUGCCAUAAAUCCGUGUCUCUAUAUCUUGCUAAAUGAUAGUUUUCGAAGGGAGCUGAUAUCUACCCUUGCCUGUUGUGUUCGUUUUGGAUGUUUCAAUUGCCAACCGGCUUGCCGAAAUAUGUUCUGCCUUGGGCAAUUUAAACGGAAACAAAGUGCACGAGACAAGAAGCUCUUCAUGCUAACGGAGCGCAGCCACCGUCAAUCAUUAGAAGAAAGCUGAAAAAAGACGGACGCGACGUCUCGUUGUGGACUUGUCAGACGUUUAGAUGUAAAGAUUAUUGUGGGAUAACACGACCCUUACGAUAGCAACAUAGAGCAUUAUGCCAGCACAAUCCUUCAGUACACGUCGUAGAAUUGCCGCUACAAUCGAUGAGCAAAAAGACUUUAUUUGAAGACAAUAAUUGAAACUAUCCUAAAAAAAGUACACAAUCCCCUAACAUCCUAAUCAAUGUAGGUUCCGAUAUAAUAUACCCCGCUCAAUUUAUUUUAGUAAAGGAAUUCAAUAGGAAGAAUGGGUAAUAGGAGGAACGGGCAAUGGAAGUAAAUGACAAUCUAAUAGGGCGGCAAAUGGUUCUUCAAAAACGGUGGGUCUUGCAAAUUUAAAAUUUUUGUUGAAUUUCACGGAUUCAUCCCGCAGUCUCGGUUUUUGACGUUAUGUGCGUCUAGCAGUUUUGACGCAGUUUUCAUGAAGCUGUCUCGAAUGCUAGGCAGUGCUAAGAAAGUCUUGAAGUCCUGAGUUUUUUGUUUGGUUUUACAAAUGACAUCUGAAUUAGAACGCCUUACCGUCUGAACGUCUCAUAGCCUACGAACUCAGACGGAAAUUAAAUAGAUCUACGUUCGAUGGCUAAACGUCUCGUGGUUGCAUUUAAAGUACUUUGAAACCUCGGUCUCGCAGUUAAAAAAGUCCAAAUGUCUCGGGCUCGCAAAGAAAACGCCAUUCUUACCUUCUCAGCGUAAAGUCUCGUAUUUACUAUUCACAUCCCCUUACAAUCAAUGCUGCAUAUUGAAUCUAUGGUUGAAGAAAUCAAGUGAAGAAAGUCUCUUUCAACAUGGCGGAAUUCUCGAAAAUCCACCUAACACGAAUUUGGUUAUACCUCCGGGUCUAUUGUUCAACCCUCCCCCUUCCGGGGGAGGGGGAAGGGGCAGUUUAGGGGUCAUUGUUCUCUUUUCCCUUCCAAAAUGUGCAUGGGUAUUCGCUUGUUUCCGCAGUUUUCCCUGACUUGUUCCCUGCUUUACUACUUUGCUCACCCUUUGCCUUUUUUGCACAGUUCUCUAGUUGAAAUUGACCAUGCUCCCUUGUUCCUAUAAACCCCCGGAAAACCCUCUUCAAGUAGCCAAUCAAAUUCGUUCCUGUUCAUCCAAAAUUUGACCCUACCGGAGGGCUGUUGUAACGGAAUUGAAUCAAACCUGUUUUUUCUUAGGCCAUCGUAGCUUAACACGCAGACUUGUAACACGCAGACUGCGGUGAUAAACACGACAAUAAAACGCUUUGUUGGCAAACAAAACUUAAUUGUUAGACUGUAUUACAACCUCGUUCCCAGGCUUUCUCUUUUUCUCAUGAGCCCGAAUAAACUCUGCUCAAUCGCAACUGAAAUUUACGGACUAUUUUGGAAACGGCGGGUAAUCCCCAUUGUCGUGAAAAAUAGUAUUGUUGUUCAGCGUGACAGGCUACAAUUCACCAAGAUUACAGUUCACUAAUAUUCACGUGAAUUCAGUUCUCCUGUCAAAGUGGUAUAAUUCAUCACCUCAAAUAACAUACCGCUCAACGUUUCUUCUAAACUAUGAUGUAGCCAUCGGUUUGCCUCCAAGAUUUUCAAUUUAAUUUAUACACCGUGCACUUGUAUCACGAGCCAUUUUCUUUUGUCUUGGACACACAUAUAUAACGGGGGUUCUGGGACAACUAUUAUUUUCUAGAAUCUCGGCUCUUCGAGUAGUGAGGGUGUCACAAGAGGCCCCGGUAUCUGUACAUGUGAGGGUUUGGAAUCCCGUAACUGAAGCUUUUAGGAAUGUAUCCGGAACCCGCGGGGGCCUGUGUCCCAGAAUUAUUUUCUAUUUGAAAAGAUAUGUUGCCUUGGUAUAAACAGCAUAAUGGCUGCUUCAAGAUUCUCAUCUGACGUGCUGGAACUGUUCUAUGGAUCAAUUCCGGAAAAGAAAACGAAAGACAAAAGAGGCCUCUCGAGCCUGUAAGGGUUAAGAGUGGCAUGGAUUUUGAAUUGCUUAGAAAUAAUUUUAAUGAAUGGCUUCGUGUAUGGAAAAUGACUGUUCCAGAACGUUGUCUGUACAAAGCCGAUGUUCUGAAAUUUGCGGCAGAUUUACUGAUUUGAUUUAAAAUGAAAUCACCAGCUUGGCGAGUGUCAAACACAAUUUGGGCUUAUUGUUAAGUUUUCAAUCAUCAGAAACAAUGAAACACAAUACAUGGAACAGUAUGUCAAACAGAGGAUCCUCUAAUUAACAACAUGCAGAAACAAUAAAGCGAUGACAAACGACGCCUGCAACCGCUUCAUUGAUCAAGUGAAAGGUGAAAGAGACGCAUGGUCGCAAAGAGGUUCAGGCUGGGCGAGAGGAGGUAUUUUGGCUGCAUUUGUUAAUGUUGCUCGAUACGAAUCAUUUCGUAAAGGAAGCUAUUUUACUCUCCCAAAAAAGUUGCAAAAUAAGAAAGCAAGACAUGUAAUUAACAUCCAAAACAGAGACAAGCAGUGUCUGAGAUGGGCGAUUCGUGCUGCUCUUUUCCUAGCAGAAAAAGGAAGAAAAGGUGGAAAGGACUAGAGCUAGCAGUUACCCAAUAGAAGAUGGUCUUAAUUUCACAGGCAUCGACAAAUUGAUAAACUCGAGAAGAAAAAUCCAAAUCUUGCAAUCAAUGUGUUUGGCUGGGUAAAAUGACCAUGUUACUCUUCACAAAAUCUGCGAAAAAGACAACACUAUUCCACGAAUAAACUUGAUGCUUAUCCAGAGAGGUGAAAAUAAGCACUACAGCUAUGUGAAAAGGCUUACCGCUCCCUUGUAUGAUCAAAACAGGCAUAAUGAGAGUAAACAUUUCUGUGAACAUUGUUUGCAUGGGUACACAACAAAGGAUCUACUUGAAAGGCACAAACCUGAAUGCAAAGGUCUGUUGAAAGGCCAACAAGAACAGAGCUUUCAAAAGAGGGAGAGAGCAAGGUGUCUUUCGAAAACAUAUCAUAAGCAGAUGAAAGCGCCUUUCGUAACAUACGCUGACUUCGAGUCUUUGUUAAGAAAGAUUCACGGCUGCGAUCUGCCAAAAAUCAAGAAGAAAGUUUUACCGUAAAAACAGAGAUGUAUGAGGCAUGCGGGUUUACUUAUACAUAUUCGUAAGAAUUUUCGGCCCUGUUAAUUACAGAGGAGAAGACGCAGUUUAUGUGUUUUUAAAAAAAUGUAUUUUAAGGGAUGAGGCAGCAAUCUGGGCGGGUUUGGCAAACAAAAAACCGCUCUUGAUGGCACCUUAAGAGUGGGGAAAACACAAAAAUGAACACUGGUAGAUAUUGUGGCUAAAGCCACAACAGAUGGUAUUACGAGGCAAUCCGAAAAAUAAACUUCAUUGGCCCACAAAGAGAAAGAAAAGUAAGAGAUGAAAUAGACCAAUGGAUUGCAAAUAACCAGGAAUGUUUGUUCUGCGCCGAGCCUUUGUUGCUGCAAAACCGCAAAGACUCAGUGAAGAACCAUUGUCACAUUACAGGAAAAUACUACGGGGCCGUGCAUAAUGAAUGUAACUUUAAGCUCAGAUUGAAUGCAAAAAAAGGCGCCAAUACCGGUUGUAUUUCAUAACUUGAAAGGCUAUGAUGGGCACCUUUUGAUGCAGGCAAUGCCGACAGUGCAUGGAGAAAUAAAACGCGUACCAAACAACACGGAAGAGUACGUUUCAUUCUCUGUGGGAAAUCUUAGAGUCAUCGAUAAUGAGAAUUUCUUGCUUAGCAGUCUGGAUUCUCUUGUAAAAGGCAGUGACCCCAAGUCUUUCAAAA